AUGGAAUUUUCAGGUGAUAUUGUUCCUUUUUCUAAAUUAAAGCUUAAGUACUUCUUAGAUUAUUAUCAAACUCAAGCAGCGAAGAAUUUUACAUUUGAAAACCUUGUAAAAACUAAUGAUGAUUUAAAUACCAUUAUUACAAGAGAUCCAAUUAACGAUAGAUUGUUUAUAACUACUAAUGACAGAAUUAAUAUGUGAAAUUACUACCAAGAUGUAAUUCUAAUAGAUUUAACUUAUAAAAUUCAUGAUAACUAUUAUUGCGCUGUUGUGAUAUUGAGUAUUUAUAAUUUUGGCCAUAAUUAUUUAUUAGCUUUCGCCUUAACUCAUGAAGAAAAGUCUGAAGAUUAUCAAUGAAUAUUUGAAAUUUUUAGAGAAGAAGGACUGAAAUGUCCUAGAACAAUUAUUGUUGAUCAAAACAGAGCACAAUUGAAAGCAAUAAAAUUCUUCUUUGGUAGGCAUAUUCAUAUAGUUUUUUGCUUUUGACAUAUUAAGAGAAACAUUAUUAAUUCGCUACCAGGAAAGAUUGAUGAGUGGCUUAAUCUGCAAGCUGAAUUCUAUGAAGUCUACAACUCAAGAAAUGAUGCAGAUUUUGACUGCAAUUGAAGUCUUUUUAUAGCAAAUCAUCCAGAGCUUGAAACAAAUAUUGUUUUUAGUAACCUUUAUGAAAACAAAGAAUGCUGAGCGAGGUACUCUACUAGACUUAUGUUUACUGCUGGAAUGUCAACAACCAGUAGAAUUGAAGGGAUGCAUGCGAAUUUUAAAAAGAGUUAUGAAGAGUCUUAG